AUGGCGUCUCCAGCGCCGGUUCCCUUCACCUCACUCGACACCAGCACGCGGCAGCCAGCGAAGGAUGAGGUCGAGUCGCCGAGCAUCUCGAGCACCAACGCGCUUGCCCGCUACGAAUACGAGGCGGGCCACGCCAAUGCCACGACGGGCACCAAGAUCCUCAUGGUAGAGUGGGAGGACGACGACACGACGCGCGGGGUGCGCGGCGACUGGCACAUCUCGUGGGACGGCAGCACGCGCGUGCUGCCGGCCGACGACCAGCCUGCCAACGACGUGAACCGCAUGUAUUUCCUGCUGCCUCCGGGCGUUGCGGUGCCCACCAGCGUCACACUCACGCUACGGCCCCAGGACGCUAGUAUAUCGCCUGUCGUCUGGCACACCAACCCUCUGCCCGCCCUGUUUCCGCCUGAACUCGGAGCCUCCGCGCGUGCAGCCGGCAAGAAGGGCGUGCUGCACACCAUCUGGGCCAAGAAGCGGUUACAGGUCCUGCAGAAAGAGAUUGAGGCCGAGUCGCGCAACAACGUCGAGGGUAUUGGCCUGCUCAUGGUGGUGCAGGAGAAGGAGUGGAUCGAAUCAACGUUUGGCGUCAAUGCCAAACCAGCCGGCCUGAGCAUCUCGUUGGGGGAGCCGACGUUAGCCCCGAUGAAGGGUCCAGCUAGCCCACGAUCUCCAGGCGGAGGCAGGCUGAUGGACAAGCUGGCGGGCCUGCGACUGGGCACGAGCGAGCGAGACCUCACACCGAGCAGCAGCAGCAUGCCGGGCUUCUCCAACCCUCUCUCACCUGAGUCCUCAGACAUCGCCAUUAGCUCCUUUUCCGUCUUCAAGGGAGCCAACCCGUCGGCACUUGCGGCGAAACCUCCACAGCAACCGCAGUCUGAGCCUGCAGCGCCACCUCGCAAGGUCGUCCCCCAGGCUCCGCCGCAGUUCAUUACAGAGCAGCAAGGCGCUGGCAUGAUGGGUUCACUGAAUGCUCUAUCCGGCCCUGCGCCCAUGUUCCAGUCACGGGAUCCCCCUGGACCUGCAGAUGAGGAUGACAAGGACGACGGGCUGUUUGCACUACCGAUAAGUCCACGAAGCCCCGAGGUGGGAAAGAGCCCGUUUUCGUUUGCGGUGAACGAGACAGCUCCGUUCUUGAAAGAAGAGAGUGCCGUCUGA